GUCGGCUCGGUUUGAUCUCUCUCCCGUCUUCUGGAUCUCUCCUCUCUCUCUCUCUCCCGUGUUCGAAUCGCGAGAUGGCUCCCACGGCGGCGGCGGCGGAGGCGGAGAAGAACCAGCACGCGGUGGUGGGGCUGGCGGCGCGCUACGCGUCCGGCCACCUCUCCCCGCUCUCCAUCCCUCGCAGGAGCACUGGAGACGAUGAUGUGGCUAUAAAGAUUCUGUACUGUGGUAUCUGCCACUCUGACCUGCACAGCAUUAAGAAUGAGUGGAACAACACUGUCUACCCCAUUGUUCCUGGGCACGAGAUCUCCGGCGUGGUGACGGAGGUGGGCAAGAACGUGACCAAGUUCAAGGCCGGCGACAAGGUCGGCGUAGGGUGCAUGGUGAACUCGUGCCAGUCCUGCGAGAGCUGCAACAAUGGCUUCGAGAACCACUGCCCAGGGAUCAUCCUGACCUACAACUCCGUCGACAAGGACGGCACCGUCACCUACGGUGGCUACUCGAGCAUGGUGGUGGUGCACGAGCGCUUCGUGGUCCGCUUCCCGGAGUCCAUGCCGCUCGACAGGGGCGCGCCGCUGCUCUGCGCCGGCAUCACCGUGUACAGCCCCAUGAAGUACCACGGCCUCAACGUCCCCGGCAAGCACGUCGGCGUGCUCGGCCUCGGCGGGCUCGGCCACGUCGCCGUGAAGUUCGCCAAGGCGUUCGGCGCGAAGGUGACGGUGAUCAGCUCGUCGCCGGGGAAGGAGGAGGAGGCGCUCGGGAGGCUCGGCGCCGACGCCUUCGUCGUAUCCAAGAACGCCGACGAGAUGCGGGCCGCGACGGGCACCAUAGACGGCAUCAUCAACACCGUGUCCGCCAACAUUCCCAUCGCGCCGCUGCUGGGUUUGCUGAAGCCCAACGGCAAGAUGAUCCUCGUCGGCCUUCCGGAGAAGCCUAUGGAGAUCCCUCCCUUCGCUCUGGUUGCGACGAGCAAGACGCUGGCCGGGAGCUGCAUCGGCGGCAUGGCGGACACGCAGGAGAUGAUCGACCUGGCGGCGAAGCACGGCGUGGCGGCGGACGUCGAGGUGGUCAGCGCGGACGACGUGAACGCGGCCAUGGAGCGCCUCGCCAGGGCCGACGUGAGGUACCGCUUCGUCAUCGACAUCGGCAACACCCUCAAGACCACCACCGUGUGAUGCUCCGACUCGACGAGAGUAUCUGUUAGUAUAUAUACGUACAACUAUACGUAUGGAGUAUGUAUGUAAUCCAUUCUUGUUAGCGUAUCAUGAAUACCUUUUGUUUUGGCACAGUAUAUACGCUUAUAAUACGUGUGACAGCGUUUAUGCAGAUGAAUAAAAGAGGGUGUCUAAUCAUCUAUCAACUGAUUAUUUUCCUAAAUUUCAUUUACAAAGCGAGUAUC